UUUGAUAUACACAGGUAAUCUAACGAGUGAAGCCGUGCACCCUUGUGCACUCUAGAGAACGCCACCUUCAUUAUAUAUAAACAAUUAUGACUAUAUGAUUUCUCUCUCACACUCUCAUACUCUUAGUUUUUCAGCUUCACCACAUCGAUCCAUCAACACGUAAUGGAAUUUUUCACCAAAACCAACGUCGUCAAGCUGCGCAGCCACCUCGACAAGUACCUUGUGGCCGACAACGACGGCGAGCGCGUCCGCCAGAGCCGGAAGGGCUCCGGCCGCCGAGCGCAGUGGACGGUGGAGGAAUCCGAGGGGAACAAGGUGCGCCUGCGGAGCUGCCACGGGAGGCACUUAACGGCGACGGAGACGCCGUUUCUGUUAGGCAUGACGGGGAAAGCGGUGCUCCAAACGGAGUACGAGGCCGGCGUGGAUUUCAAAUACGAGUGGGAAGUCAUACGCGACGGCUUUCAGGUGAGGCUCCGGAGUUGGAGCGGGAAGUUCCUCAGGGCGAACGGAGGCACGCCGCCCUGGAGAAACUCCGUCACGCACGACGAGCCGCAUAGUUCGGCCACCAGGAAUUGGGUUCUGUGGGACGUAGAGGCGGUCCAGGAGUUUUCUGCUGAGAGCGUC